AAAAAAAAAAAAAAAAAAAAAAAUGUACAUGUAAAUUGUAUGUGGAGAAGAAGAUAACUUUAUUUUCUUUUUUUCUUUUUUAUAUUCUUUUUUUUCUGCUAGUUGUAAAUGAUUAAUCUAAUGGAACCACCUACACAAGUUGGAGCUGCUAUUCCAGCUCAUACACCACAUGCUGUUUCUGUUAUGUUUCCAACUUGGCAAGAUAAUAUUUAUUAUGAAGAAGGGAACCCAAUUGUCACUUCAAAAAUGGAAUGUGGUUAUCCUCGUUUCUUUAUUCAUCCUUUCAUUCAAAAAUUAUGUAGUUAUGUAGUUGCAAAAUUUGGUAAAGAGGAUGAAACAGGCAUGCUCUUCCCUUCUCAUAAAGUAGCUGAACAAUGUAGAUCUUUUAUGAACCGUUAUUAUGAUCAUCAUCAUCAAGGAUCUACUACAGGAGCAGCAAUACGUAUUGCAGAAUUCGAAAUUACUCCACAAGAGAUAUCGAAUGAAAUUCAAAGAGUUCCAAUUCAUAUCGUUCUGUUCCCUAAGGAUGCUUUCCCAAUCGCUAAGCAAUUUUGGCAGCAUUCGGGUAAUAUUAUCUCUUCUCGUAUGGCAGAAUAUUGUCUGCGGAUAAUAGAUAAUAAUCAAGAGAAGGAUAGAGAAGGAAAAGAGACUAAGAAUAGGGAUAUGACUGUACCUCGAUUUACAAUGGGAGGACGUAGUCGAACUCAUUAUAAUAAAUCAAAUAUAAAAUUGAAAAGAACAGAAAAAAGAGAAGAGGAAGAAGAAGAUGAUGAUGUUGAACAAAAUCUGUAUCUUGAAGAGCGUUAUGGAAGAAAUCUACCUGCCAAGUUUGCUUUAAAUGCAAAGCAAGCUUUGAGACGAAGAAUUGCUGGCGUUUUGAGUGAGAGAGAGGAUACAGAUGAUUUAAAGAAACAAUGUGAAAUGAAGGGAGAUCGAGGUAUCAGAGGCUUGUCGGAAGAGGAUGUUUACUUGUAUCCUUGUGGAAUGAGUGCAAUUUAUCAUGCACAUCAACUCGCCAUGAAUAUAGGGGACACAUCUUUAAAAAGUGUAUGCUUCGGAUUCCCAUAUACAGAUACUUUAAAAAUUCUACAGAAAUGGGGAGCAGGUUGCUAUUUUUAUGGUUUAGGAGAGGAUAAAAGCAUGGAUGAAUUAGAAGCUCUUUUACAGUCGGGUGAAAGAGUUCUAAGCUUAUUUUGUGAGUUUCCAUCUAAUCCAUUAUUAAAGUCUCCAGAUAUAAAACGUCUUCGUCGUUUAGCAGAUACAUAUCAUUUUUUACUUGUCGUAGAUGAAACCAUUGGUAACUUUUGUAAUGUUGCUGUACUUGAAUGGGCUGAUAUGGUUGUUAGUAGUUUGACAAAAAUAUUUUCUGGUGACUCUAAUGUAAUGGGAGGAAGUAUGAUUUUGAAUCCAAAUGGAGUUUAUUACGCUCAAUUAAAAGCAUUGUUGAAACAAAAUUAUGAAGACUUGGUAUGGUUCGAAGAUGCUGUCUUUUUAGAACGAAAUUCUCGAAACUUUAAAGAACGAUCACAUAUUAUUAAUCAAAAUGCAGAAGCACUAUGUGAUUUUUUAGUAAAUCAUCCAAAAGUUGAAAAAGUAUUUUAUCCAAAGUAUGUAUGCAGAGAACAUUUUGAUUCAAUCAAAAUAAAUACAGAUACAGCAGGUUAUGGUGGAUUAUUUUCUGUUUUGUUAAAAGAUGAGAAAAGUGCUGCCACAUUUUAUAAUAACUUACAUUGUGCUAAGGGACCUUCGUUGGGUACAAAUUUUACUUUAUGUAGUCCUUAUACCAUUCUUGCUCAUUACAAUGAAUUAAAUUGGGCAGAACAAUAUGGUGUGUGUCGAUAUUUGGUUCGUGUUAGCGUUGGUUUAGAAGAUAAAGAAAAAUUAUUACACAUGUUUUCAGAAGCAUUAAAUGCUAUAGAAUAAAAAUAAAUUAUUGUUUUUUUUUUAAAUUUCUAUAAAUUAUAUUUAUUGUUGUAAUAAAAAUACAUUUAUAAAAUUACAGAAAGAAUGAUGGCAUCUAAUAUUUAUAAAUAUUAGAAAAAAAAAAAUAAAGAAUAAAAAUAAGAUGAUAAUACAAAAUUACUAGUAAUACAUGGUUGAUAAUAAAAAUAAUAAUAAAAAAUUAAAGAGUAGAAAUGUAAAAAAAAAAAAUAAA